GUGCUUCUGACAAAAAAACAAGAAAAACAUACAAACAAAAACACCAAAAAGAAAAAAACAAACAAUAAAAUACACCAGAGAAGCCGAAACAUGGAUUAUUUAUAAUGAAGAAGCCUAAGCAAAGGUUCCCUUGAGCUUCAGCUCAGGAUACAAACGAAAAAUAAAUCUUUAAAUUGUAUCUGCAUUUUUUUUCUGUUGUUUGUUGAGCAGAUUUUUGCACAACACAGUGGGUGGGGCAAGGAUCAAACAUACACACAAUUGGAUUAGUGUUUUGUUUAUUCGGGAACCCUUUGAAGAACACCACCACCCACAAACUCUCCCCCACUGGCGCGUCUCGUCGCGUGACGCGUUCCGUUGCGUCGGGUUAAUCGCUCGUGUUUAUCGGUCGCCGAUAGUAAGUCGUGUAUCUUUAAUCGCCAGCCACCAUGCCGAAGAUCUUCCUGAUUAAGAACCGCCUGCAUCAGCAGCAACAGCGCCUCCUCGAAUCACAGAACCUGCUGCAGCACAAGAGCCAGGACGAUGAUCGAUGCCUGGUGCCACCGCUCAGUCCACAUGGCUCUGGCACACAGCACUCGCCCUCGCCCUCGCCAUCGCCAUCGCCCGCACAUCCCCAUCCCGAGCCACAGGGUCAGGGUCAAACGUCAUCGCCAUUCCAGCAGCAGGAUGACCAACAGCCACUGAGUCUCACGCGAAAACGCUUCCACCAUCGCCGUCACUACUUCGGACAAUCGCGUCACAGUCUCCCGAUAGACCAUGGACUCAAUCAAAAUCACAAUCAAAAUCAAAACUCACCGGUAUUGGAUGUCUUACACAGCACAGCAGCAAGUGAAGUUCAAAAUGAAAAAUUUGGUUGCUUGAGGCCGGCAGACUUGUUGCAGCGCCUGAGCUGCACCACCACCAACCACACCACCACCAGCAACAUAGCCACAACCACACCCACACCUACGCCCACACCAAUACCCACGCCCCCCGCAUUAGCCACAAAAGACUGCGACGAGAACUCUCCAGAAAAAUCCGUAACAACAACAGUAAGCAGCAGCAGCAUACCAAAGCAGCCGACGCCGCAGUCGACGGCGGCAGAGAGGAGCAACAGCGAAGUAUAUGUAGAAGAAGAGCCCAAUAUAAAAGCGCAAAAAGAAGAUAAGCAAAAAGAGCGCCCAUUAGUAGAGGCGGCUGAAGAAGAGGAGGAAGACGGCGACGUUGACGUUGGUAUUGAAGCACCUCGCCCGCGCUUCUACAACACAGGCAUCGUCCUCACGCAUGCACAGCGGAAGGAGUACCCCAAGGAGCACCAGCAAGAGCAGCCGAUCCUCGUCAGAGCCAGAAAAGAAAAGGAACAUCACUCGAAUGUGGACUCUGACACAGACUCAGAUGACGGCUGCAAGUUGAUUGUAGACGAGAAACCCUUGCUGCCCGUUGACAAGCCGCUGUCGCUGCGUAUGCGCAGCACCCCGCCCCCCGCAGAGGAGCGUCCCAGUCCACCGCCCCCAAGGGAACCGACGCCCGCUGUCCGCUGCAGCGUGAUCCAACGCGCACCACAGACCACGACAGCAGCCGUAGCUACUGCAGGUCACGCCGACUCCCCGCAUCAUCAAUGUCAGAAUCAGCAUCCGGAUCAUCAAACGCCCCAAAGAAGCGUUCUAUUGCCCAUUAGUGCCCUCGAUCUUGACCAACUGGGACCGGAGCAGCAGGAACCCAUUGACUAUCACGUGCCGAAGCGUCGUAGCCCUAGCUACGACAGCGACGAAGAGCUGAACGCCCGUCGGCUAGAGAGAGCGCGCCAGGUGCGCGAGGCCCGCAGGCGGAACACGAUCUUGGCAGCCCGCGUACUGCUGGCCCAGUCUCAGCGCCUUAAUCCACGCCUGGUGCGUAACUUGCCCGGCAUAUUGGCCGCAGCCGCCGGUCACGGGCGUAGCAGCAGCAGUUCCGGUGCAGCCGGACAGGGCUUUCAGUCGUCCGGCUUUGGCAGCGGCAGCAGCUCGGCCGGAUCGGGCAGUGGACAGAACGCCAGCGGUGGUGCCGGUUCGCCGGGAGGCGGCUUUGGAGGUGCCCUUGGCGGCAGCGGAGCCGGAGGCGGUGGCAUGGGCGGAGGCCGUGACGGACGAGGCAACUACGGUCCCAACUCACCCCCCACGGGGGCUCUGCCACCAUUCUACGAGAGCCUGAAGAGUGGCCAACAGAGCACUGCCAGUAAUAAUACAGGCGGAAGUCAAACAUCCGCAGGACACGGGGCAGGCUCCCAAGCAGUCUUUAACGGAAAUCCCAACUUUCUUUCCAUUCAGAACGCUGCUGCGGCGGCCUACAUUAUGUCAGCGGGAGCAGGAGUCGGCGGAGGUGGGGGAGGAGGCGGUGGCUACAUCAAUUGCGGAUCAAACGGAGCAGGAGGAGGAGGUGGAAAUGGCAAUGGCAAUGGCACUGCAAAUGGAGGUGGAGGUACGGUUGGCGGUGGUGGAGCCGCAUCUGCUGCAGGUAUCGAUGGUAAUAACCUUUUGAACUUCGCUAGUGGCUUGGCCAGCAAUCCUAACUAUAACGAAUCCAAUUCCAAAUUCCAUAAUCCAAACUCAACGAUGGGUCAUCCCUUUUACGGUGGUAAUCCCUCAGCGUACGGCAUUAUACUCAAGGACGAGCCUGACAUCGAGUACGACGAGGCAAAGAUUGACAUAGGCACCUUUGCACAGAACAUCAUCCAGGCGACGAUGGGCAGCUCCGGGCAGUUCAAUGCCAGCGCCUACGAAGACGCCAUCAUGUCAGAUCUCGCCAGUUCGCAGUGCCCCAACGGCACUGUGGAUCCGCUGCAGUUCACGGCAACGCUUAUGCUCAGCUCCCAGACGGACCAUCUGCUGGAGCAGCUCUCGGAUGCCGUCGAUCUGAGCUCGUUCCUGCAGCGGAGCUGUGUGGACGACGAGGGCUCCACCAGUCCGCGGCAGGACUUUGAGCUCGGUUCGACGCCCUCCUUGACGCCCGACUCGGUCUCUGUGACGCCCGUGGAGCAUCACCAUCAUCAUCACCAUAGCAACCACCAGAGUGCGAGCACAGCAUCCCAAUUGGAUGCCUUGCACGAAAAUCUGCUGACGCAGUUGACCCACAAUAUGACACGCAAUGGCGUUAACUCUCAGCAGCAGCAGCAACAACAACAACAACAGCAGCAUCAUGUGCAACAGCAGCAACAACACAUACAACAGCAGCAGCAGCACGUGCAGCAGCAACAUGUCCAGCAGCACGUGCAGCAUGUGCAACAGCCGCCGCCUUCGUACCAGCAUGCCACCAGAGGCCUGCAGAUGAUGCAACAACAGCAACAACAGCCGUCGCAGCACGGUAGCUACCAGCAGCAGUCGGCGUUGAUGUCACAGCAGCAGCAGCAGUUGCUUAGCCAGCAGCAACAACAGUCGCACCACUCGCACCACCAGCAGCAGCAGCAGCAACAUACCGCCGCCUACCAGCAGCACAAUCUGUAUGCCGCCCAACAGCAGCAGCAACACCACCACCAGCAGCAACAGCAGCAUCACUCGCAUCACCAAUUCCAUCAGCAACAGCAGCAGUCGCAUCACUCUCACCAUGUGCACCACCAUGACAACAGCAACAUGUCGCUACCAUCGCCCACGGCAGCGGCUGCUGCUGCCGCAGCGGCCGCCGCUGCUGCUGCCGCAGCAGCCGUGCAUCUAGCGCGUCCCAUGAGCAGCAGCAGCAGCUCCGGUACAAACAGCAGCAGCAGCAACAGCAGCAUGGACGCAAAUGCAGCGGCAGCGGCUGCCGCCGCACUGCUCGACACGAAGCCACUCAUUCAAAGCCAGGAGCAACCACAGCAGGAGAAGCAACAAAAGCUGCUGAAGACAAAGAAGCCAACGAAGCUGUCGAGAGGCAGGUCCAGGAAGAUGCCCCUUCCAAUGGUACCCAAGGAUAUCGAUUGCCUUAUGGUCAAGGAAGAUAUGGAAGAAGUAAAAGAAGAGGUGUCAGACAUAGACUAUGAUCCUGUAAGGAACGAGUGCAGCAACGGAGCAGGAGGCAGCAAGCUGAGUGGUCGGGCCAAAGCCGUGGCGUAUGGCUCCACGAUGAUCACCCUUGUAUCGACCAUGAAGCCAUCGCCGGAGGUGCCAGCUACACGAACAGUGCAUCGCACCACAUUGCGUUCGUUGGCCACGGCGGCGGCUGCCACGGCCGCUGGCCUCUGUGCGCCAUCGACCACUGUAUCGGUGCUCAGUCAGAGCAAGGUGUUGCAGCGGCGUUUGGGCCUGCCUCCGGAUCUACAGCUGGAGUUUGUGAAUGGCGGACAUGGCAUCAAGAAUCCAUUGGCUGUUGAGAAUGCCCAUGGUGGCCAUCACCGGAUACGCAACAUCGAUUGCAUUGAUGAUCUCAGCAAGCACGGACACCACUCCCAGCAGCAACAGCAGCAGCAGCAAUCGUCCCCCCAGCAGCAGCAGCAGACACUUCAGCAGCAGCAACAGCAAUCCCUCCAGCAGCAACAUCAGCAGCAGCACCAGCAUCACAGCAGUGCCAGCAGCAAUGCCAGUAGCCAUGGCUCUGCUGAUGCCCUCUGCAUGGGCGGGUCCUCGGCCAGCCAGGCCGGGGAUGAUUCUGGGGUCAAUGGAAAGUUCGUUUGCCGCGUGUGCAUGAAAACGUUCUCGCUGCAGAGGCUUCUCAAUCGACACAUGAAGUGCCACUCGGACAUCAAGCGUUACCUGUGCACAUUCUGUGGCAAGGGAUUCAACGACACCUUCGAUCUGAAGCGGCACACACGCACCCACACGGGCGUCCGACCGUACAAGUGCAAUCUGUGCGAGAAGAGCUUCACACAGCGCUGCUCCCUCGAGUCACACUGCCAAAAGGUGCAUAGUGUCCAGCAUCAGUAUGCGUAUAAAGAGCGUCGCGCCAAGAUGUACGUAUGCGAGGAGUGCGGCCACACGACCUGCGAACCAGAGGUGCAUUAUCUGCAUCUGAAGGAUCUGCAUCCGUUCUCGCCGGCGCUUCUUAAGUUCUACGAUAAGCGGCACUUCAAGUUCACCAAUUCGCAGUUUGCCAACAAUCUGCUCGGACAGUUGCCAAUGCCUGUCCACAAUUGAGUUGUGGAUCGUCAACAGUUAGCCCUUAGAUCCCCAACUACAACUACCAAACCCCGACCAUGUGACUUUGAAGUUUUCUGAAAACUGCCUCCAAGCCCCACCACAAAAACACACCCAUAUACCUCUUUGCUAUAGCUAUGGCGGAGAGGAAGAGAAAGUUAAAGGGAGGAAGAUAUAUGGAGAUUAUAAAUUGCACUACACAAUUUUUGUAUAUUUUUUGCCUAGAUUUAGAUAUAGUCGAUGAUAUAAACAACACUUUGCUGUGCAAACAAUCGCUCUAACUCUAAAACGCUCUUAAACAUUUGUUUAACAAUUUUCGUUUUUAGUUAAUGAUGAAAUUCCGCCUUUGGUUGUAUUAUAAGUACUCUCUCUUUU